UUGCUCAAUAUGACGAUAACAUAAAAAAAAAACUAGUACCUAGGAAAUGCAACCCAUCUUAUACUCACUACAAUGCCUUACAAUCCAACAGGAAGACAAUAUCCUCUUGCAACAUUUAGCAGUAGUUUAAUUAGUCCAAAAAAAACUCUAGUUGUUAGCUUGGUUCGGUAAUGUAAGCUGAUUGACGACAGACAUGGUAUCUUUGAAUUCAGUUUUGCCUCUAGUGAUAGGUAUAGCUCUCAUGGCAUACGAAAACCAGGUGACAGUACCCACUUGUGAAAUUCUCCCUGACCAAUUUGUGCACAAUUCAUCAUCCUCAGACGUGAGUGUAAUGUUCGUAGCAGAUCUUUUUUUGUUGGGCUCUGACACAGGCUACAGAAAUCUCUUCUUCACUGUACCUUACAUGGCAAAAAUUUUGAGGAAGUCACUUCUGAAGCUGAAGCCGGAUAUGUUAAUUGUUCUAGGAGAUGUUUCUGCGAAUGGGUGGAAAUCUGCAAACAAACAAUGGCUAUCUGUUCUACAUCAAUUUCAAAUCAUGAUGGGGCCUUUUGAUGAAAUUCCAUUGCAUAUUGUUGUUGGAGAUAAAGAGGUUGGAGGAUGCCAUGAGAUGGACAGACUUAUUGAUCGUGCUGUCAAUAGUUUGCCUGGACUAGGAUCUGCUGCUUGUGGCUCCUUUUCUAUAAACAAUGUUAGUUUUGUUUCCUUGAAUGCUUUAGCAAUGGCAUGUGACCAGGAUAAUUUACGCUUUGUUCUUGAAAGAGUUAUUGAAAGGGAAAGUGCAGAACUUCAACAAGAAAGGAAACAAGAUGAAAUGGCUAACAAUGUUGAAGUUCCAGAGGAAGCUAAUAGUUUCAGGAUGUGUGAAACUUCAUCUUCAGAGGAGUCCAGCCAUCAUGAACAGCAGUUUUGUUGGAGACAAAAUGAUGUUCUAGCUGGAACAGGUCCGGUGGUUCUGCUGCAUCAUCCAUUAUAUAGAACUAGUGAUGAAGCUUGUAGAAAUAUUGACAUACCAAAGUGCAGCCUAUGGAAUUCACAAUCCCACAACUGUAAGAAAUCUUGGGCAUCAACAGAUUUGGAAGUUUUGAAAAAUGAGGAAUACGAGCAAAUGGUCAAUGUUCUUUCACUCAAUGCUACUGAAUAUAUCCUUCAUGCACUUAAGCCAAGUUUUGUACUCAAUAUAUUUUGCUACAAUAGAGGAUAUCUAGGUUACAAGAUCAAGCAUCCAAUGCCUUAGCAAGCAAAAAGUUGGCAGUAAAACAAACAGAAGCAAUAUGUACUAAGUCCAAUAAUGUCCAAGCUUGUUCUCAUUGUGUUAAUAAGGUCAUACAUCUAGUAAUUGCUUUGACCUACAUUCUUGUAUAACAUAUGGUUAGUGUACACAUUCUAUCGAACAUUGUUAUCUGUAAGGUCUGCCUAUAGAGGCCAUGAGGCCUGUGUAUUUUGGUUGGAUCGGUCAUUCUAGAUGGAGUUCUAAGAGUUGUUUGUUAACCAAAUCUUACAAGAGAGUUGAAUCUAUUAUUGAUGAUGAAAAUUUGUUUACUCAUAAUUGUGUUGUUUUUCAUCCCAAUUUUUCUAAUGAUGAUGAACUGAGUUUUGUAGAUCUUGAUGAGUCUACAUUGACUAAGGUGGUUGUUGAUAUUUUUGAGAUGCCUCUUGGUGUAUUUGAUAAGCAAUCACUUAUUGAAAAGGUUGCGAAGUUGAAUUUGAUUCCCAUAAAGAUUGAUUUUGCUAAGUAGUGUGAUUGUUUUGAGUAUGUUGGAUAUGCAGCUCAUAAUGAUGUUGAUCCUUACUGAUAUAUUCCAAUUAGUUGAGGCUAUGGAAUUUGAGAUAUUGCCUCCUGUUGAUUUAAUAUAGCAACGUUGGCCCCACAUUUUAUGCAGCUGAGUUAUAAGUUGAAAACCUGAAAAGGGCAGCUUCCACACUUCUGUACUAAGUUGAAACCCUGAAAGGGUGGCUUCAUGGAGACUCAUGAUGAAAGUACAAAAGGGUGUCAUUGAUUUUUACAUCUUUUAUGCAAAUUUUCACAUGAUGAUCAGAGUUAUCGAUUUCACUUCCCAUUCAAUGUGGGUUUCUGUUCUCUACACUUUCUCCAUCAGGGUGACCUUGUUGGCAUUCUCUGUUAUUUGACUGUGGGAGGGGAGAAUCUUGUUUGUGUGCUAGAUUUGAGUGGGGAUUUUACAAAGAUAUCUCGUAUGACAUUGUUGCUGUAUUUCAAAAUUGUCAGUGUUUUAGCCAUAUUUUGUUGAUGCCACGCAUGAUUCACUUACAUUGCAGAUUUUGCAGAUGAUUUGUUAACAUCUUGUGAUUUUUGAUCUUACAAAAGUGUUUUGAAUGCACCCGAUGAUUAUGCUUGAUAUUGUGGUGCAUUUGAUGAUGUCUUGUAACGUGUUCAUUGCAGAUGUUAUGGGUGAACGAUAGGUUUGUAUAUGUUCUUUCUUAUUGUAUCGGUUGCACUUGAGGGGUGCUUGUGUCUACUGUGAGCAAUUUUCUACAGUUGGUUGGAUGUCAGCUUGGUGACUGACAUAUUUCAGCUAUUAUUUUUUGAUAAUUGAAAUGCAGUUGACCCAGAAAACUAAUAGAUGAGGAUUAAUAGCAAUGCAUAGGUGCAACGAGUGCUUACUCAUUGGCCACUGAGGAUUGGCCAUUUUUUCAAAUUAUUACAUAUUGCACUGCAGAUAGUGUCUGUAUUGAUGGUUGGAGGGUGAAGUUUCACUGUUUUGAGUUAUGGCUAGUGAUUGAACCUAAGUCAUCAUAUUUGAGGUUACAUUAUAUGUUUAUUAGACCAUAAUGGAGCAUCCACUCAGAAAAUGGAAGCACCGAUAGUUCAACCUUGUCUGCACAAAAAUGGACAAAACAUGUCCAACAAAGAUUUGAGACCUAAUGAAAUUGGCAAGCUAGGAAUAAAAAUAGUUCAACCCAGCUCUUUACAAAAAUGGACAAAACAAAUCCAACAUAAAAAUAGGCAAAACAAGUCUAGAUUCAAGACUUGUAAGGGUAAGCGGCUCUGUCCAAAGAAAGAUUUGACACCUGUCAAGGCAGCAAGCUUAGCCCAAUCAAGAAGAUAACACGAGUCUAUUAUUGACAUUAAUAUAAUGGUAGAUUCAUGACCAACUUCUUUUAAAGAAGCUUCCGAUGAGCUCGUGGAUAUUCUCACUAAAGUGGUUGGCUGAGAAAAGUUUGAGCAGUUCAGAGGACUGCAUGGAUUAACCAUAAUGCCUUAAGAUUA